AUGCAUCGAAUGAUGAAAGAAGAAUCAAGUUUCAGGACAAACAGCCUGGAGAAAGUGACGCGGGACCCAAGCAAAGAAAAGCUGCACAUGAAGCUCUGCAGUGGGUCCUGCCAUGCAGAGCAGAUCCUCCAGACCCUCAACUCCUACAGGCAGAGCGGCAUCUUCACCGACGUGGUGCUGUUAAUAGAUGGACAGGAGUUCCCCUGUCACCGUGCUGCUUUGUCAGCCAACAGCACCUACUUCAGGGCCAUGUUUGGUGGUAACCUCAAGGAAGGCCACCAGGAUAUCAUUAACAUCCAGAAGAUAUCUGCUUCCACUAUGUCUCUCCUUCUUGAUUAUAUGUAUGGUGGGAGCAUCAUCAUUCAGGAGGACAACGUCGAAAGCAUCUUGGAGCUGUCUGACCUGCUGCAGAUCUCCAAGCUCAGAGAUGCCUGUGUCACCUUCCUCGAAGGCCAGCUUCACCCAUGCAACUGCUUGGGCAUCAUGAAGUUUGCUGAUUCAUUCUCCAUUGCUUCUCUGACAGAGAAGAGCAAGAGGUUCAUGCUGGAGUGCUUUGUGGAGGUGUCGUGCCAUGAGGAGUUCCUGGACAUGGAUGUGAAGGAGCUGGUUGAGUAUCUGUCCGAUGAGGAGCUGGUGGUGCCCAAGGAGGAAGUGGUCUUUGAGGCAGUCAUGCGCUGGGUACGGCAUGAUGUACCUACCAGGAAGGGAGCCUUGAAGGACCUCCUUGAACACGUUCGUCUGCCCCUCCUCAACCCCACUUACUUCCUGGAGAAGGUGGAAAUGGAUGGGCUCAUCCAGGACUCUAAGGAAUGCAUUCCUUUACUGCAUGAGGCCCGCAAGUACUACAUCCUAGGGAAUGAGGUCAGCUCGGUGAGAUCAAGACCCAGAAGGUUCAUGGAGCUAUCAGAAGUCAUCGUUGUCAUUGGGGGCUGUGAUAAGAAAGGGCUCCUGAAGCUGCCCUUCACUGACCUCUACCACCCAAAGAGCAGGCAAUGGACAGCCCUCUCCAGCAUGCCUGGCUACACCAAGUCAGAGUUUGCUGCCUGCACACUGAAGAAUGAUGUUUACAUAUCAGGAGGACACAUCAGCAGCAAUGAUGUCUGGGUACUGAGCUCCCAGCUGAACGUCUGGAUCAAGGUUGCUUGUCUACAGAAAGGCCGAUGGAGGCACAAAAUGGCAGCUCUUCAGGGCAAGAUCUAUGCUGUGGGAGGCUUUGAUGGCUUUUAUCGCCUCUCCAGCCUGGAGUGCUAUGACACCUUCUCCAACACUUGGUCAACCUUGGCCCCGCUGCCCCAGGCAGUGAGCUCGGCGGCUGUGGUCUCCUGCCUCAACAAGCUCUAUGUGCUGGGAGGUGCUGUGGAUGACACUGCUAACACUGACAAGGUCCAGUGUUAUGAUCCAGAGGACAACAAGUGGACGCUCUUAUCUCCCACCCCUUUCUACCAGAGGUGCAUCAGUGCUGUCUGCUUGGACAACAUCAUCUAUGUUGUGGGUGGACUCCUCAGUACAAUCUUCAGCUAUGACCCAAGGAAAGACAGCUGGAGAGAAGUAGCCACCCUCCCUGGGCCUCUGGAGAGCUGUGGCCUGACGGUGUGUGGAGGGAAGAUCUACAUCCUUGGUGGCCGGGAUGAGAAUGGGGAAGGCACAGACAAGGCAUUCACUUUCGACCCGGUGACAGGCACCGUGGAGCAGCAGCCACCGCUGCAGCGCUGUACCAGUUACCAUGGCUGUGUGACCAUCCUGCAGCACACCAACAGAUGA